CAAACUUUAGCUUGUGUUGUUUACACGACACGAGGAGAGAGGUGAGUUCCAUAGAGAGCUAGCUUCACUCUCUGUUGAAUAAAUUACAGCAUUUUUUUACUCUCAUACAUUCACAUCCUUUCCAUAAGUAAGCUUUUUUUUCUUGACUAAGAGUUAGAUAUGGUAUAUCUUAGUGCAGACGGCUGCUAACAGCUAACGUUAUCUAACUAGAAUCAACAUCAGUCCGCUGAAAACAGAACUGGAGGAGUGCAGACAUUUACACGCAGACAAUUUGCUGAUUACUAAAAUAUUAUCAUUGAUGAAGAAUGAGCGCUGGUCGGACUUUUGAGGGUGCGGGAUGUGUGACCUGGUGGGGAUUUGGACCAGCUCGAGACCUGCUGAACUCAGACACACACAAAGUGAGGCUACAAGAAGAGCUUAAUGUUUUGCUCGUGGGCAGUGGAGACCCCAGACACAUCCUGAAGACCAUCACUGGACUCACACACUCGGAUACACUACAUGUUUGGGUGAUUGAGAACAGUAUGGAGGUUAUUGCCAGACAACUAUUACUACUCUAUAUAUCACUUCUACCCCCUGAUAAGAUGAGUGUGCACAAGAAGACUGAGGUGUUUCUGGAGGUGUUUGGAAACUUAGAGAUCCGCAAAGAGACAGAAGAGAGUGUAAAAAAGGCCGCAGCUCAGCUCUCCAUCUCCAUCACUUACUCUCUGUCCUCAGACUCUCUCAGUCACUCCUGCCUCGACACUAGCUUACUGAAGUUUAAGGAGCGAGAUGAGCUGGUGCGGAUCUUUAAGCUGUGGGAACGGCCUCCAUCAGCUCCAGCCAGUGUUAGUAAAGUGUGGGAUGCUCGUGUUCGGCAGCAUCUGGGCUCUCGAUACGACUCUCGACAGGGAGCAUUCGACUGGGAUCUCAACAUGAAGCUACAUCAGAGAGGAUGUGGCGUCAUCAACAAACAUCAGUAUGCCAAAUGGAGAGAAACAGGCGUGACCUUUGAGAUGAGGGAGGGGCUUUACCAAACAGCCAAUCAGAGUCUGCUUUCAACUCGAGUCUUCAACCAUAGAGGAAAUGGGGUUGCUUUACGAGGAUACUGGGGCGACAUCGUCUCCAGUCCAUAUCUGUCCUUCGGCAUUGAGACUGAAAACAAAGAGCUGCUGAAGACACAGAACAAUCAUUAUGUGAAGACGGCUCAGGAUAUUUCUGAAGUGAACUUGCUGGAGUUGUUUGAGUGUCUCGCCGCUAGAGGGAGAUCUCCACUAAAUGAAGAUCCACCAAACACCUCCAGUUCCUGCUGUCAAUCCACAGAAAGUCGCAAAACUGAAGAAAACUCACAGAGUGAUCCGUCUGCUUCUCAAACUCAACCUGUGGAACAUUCGCCAACUCAAGAGCUUGAUCUGCUGAAUGUGAAUGGAGUGAAAGUGUCAUUUCUGUCUCCAGACUCACUCAGCAAACUUCCUCUCAAAAGCAAAUACAGGAACCUGUUCAACACCAUCUUCUGUUCAGCAAGUAUGGUUCAUCAGCUGGAUUCUGCUCUGAGAGAGAUCGCAGCGCCUGAUGCUGCUCUGGUUAUAGAGUUAGCAACAUUCCUGUUGGAUCUUUCAAAAGAGCAAGUGUCAGGUUUUGCUGUCAAAGUGAAGGAGAUCGCUGAAGAAUCAGGAUUUACUCCAGCACAUGACCAGAACAGUGACAAAUAUGCAGUAUUCACACAGAAAAACAACUGAAGGAGACACAGUUUAACUUAUGCUAUUGAUUUAUUUUUUAAUUCAGGGUUUCCUUAAUGGAAAAUGAUUAUGAUAUUAUAAUGUUUGCUAAAUAAUGAAUACAGUAGAAUGACAAACAAACAAAUGACCCAUUGCAUUGCCCAUUAUAAUAAAACACAAAGAAAAUGUGAGAAAAAGACAAGCAGCUACUGAAUACAUUAAAUAAUCUCUUAUUAUCUUGCUCUUGCUUUUAUAUAAGAUUUUGUUUUAAAACUGACACAAAGUACCAUCUCAUUUAGUAGCCAAAUCUUUUUUUUUUUUUUUUUUUUUGCUGCUCUGAUUGUACAGCAGGUUAUAAAGUGGGAAUAAAUAGUGCGAACGGUCAAUGCAAAAUAAAAUGCACUGGCAGUGGGACUGAAAACCCCCCCAGAUAAUAGCACUUUUUUCAUCAAACUAUCUACUAUUCUAAUAAAAAUAAAAUCUAAUGCUUUUUUAUGCCAUUUAAAGGGAUAGUUCACCCAAAUGAAUGUUUUUAAUAUUUACUCUUUUUUUUUAAGUGGUUUCAAAAGUUUAUGAUUUCCUUUUUCUGUUGAAAACAAAAGAAGAUAUUUUGAAGAAUGUUAGUAACCACUGACUUCCAUAGUAAAAAUAAUUCUAACAAAAAACAAAUAUUAUAAAAGUCAACAGUUACUUUCAAAACAUCUUCUCUUAUAGACCAUAUCAAUGUGGUAAUGUCAUUGACCCAUGAACAUUUCCUGCUUAUCACACUAUUUCAUAACUGUAACAAGAGGCAAUUCAAUCAUAACUUAAUGUUAAAACAGCUAUCAUAACAUUAUCAAAAUGGGACUCUUUUUGGAUUAUCAGAAGCUGUAGAAAUUAAACUUGUAAAACAGUGCAUAGGACCAUCGUUUUUGUUUAAAUCUCUUAAAAGGGUCUAUAUUCAACAGAAGAAAGAAACUGGAAAUAAAUUAAUAAAUUAAAA